GUCGGCAGGCGGCGUCUCGGUCGGACUGCGUGUAAAAUUAUGGUAUGGUCUGGACUUUGCCUUUUUGCUCUAGAUUGUCUCUUUGGCCAAUGACGCACCCGCCACCACGCACAAUCCCUCUCGCUCUCUCUCGCUUUCUCUCGCUCUACCAGCCGCCGAGUGUACACCCCCCACCCGCCACCGCCCCUGCCAUCGCUCUUCCCUCCCUCCCACCUCGGCGCGGCGAGCGUGCGUAUUGGCUGGGCCGCCCGUGAAUGGGUGCCAAAUAGGUGGUCCCUGCGCAUGUUGGCACACACUCAGUCAAUGGGUGCCGGAGCAAAGUGAGGAGGAAGAGAGAGAGAAGGCAGAGUUGGAGGCAAAGAGGGCGAAAAAAGAAGCGGCACUCGGGUUUGCCAGCGGUCGCGCGCACUCUUCCAACAUUGAUUCCGUCCUCUUGUUUUGCUUAUUUAUUUAUUUAUUUUUUGUAAACCUCCUUCUCCCCCUUGUCCAGGUUUCUCUCUCUCUCUCUCUCGCUCUCUCUCUCCGUCGCACUUUGAGUCUCAUGCAGAUUUUGCUGAACUCGAGCCGCGUUUGCCAAGUCAGUUUGCGUUACCAUCGAGAUAUUUUUCCAUGUUUUUGACAAUUUGAUCCACUUGAUGCAUUGAUUUUAUUUCAUGAAUUUCUCCUUGUAGUCUUUUAGUUGUUGUUCUCGACAGUGAGGUGGCUCAACUUCUUUCCACUCUCCUUCUGUGGUGCUCUUGAACAACAACUCUCUCGCUUCUGCUACACUACCUCCUAUGUUCCUUUGCUGCUAUUACACUGUGCCCCUUUUUUUUUUUUUUUUUUUUAAAUUUUUUUGAAAAAAGCUUUUGGCUGCUUUCACUGGACAGCAUAUCCUCUCUUUUUUAUUUUCCUUUUUUUCAAAAUGUUUGACCAUUUCUGCAUUGCACACUGACUAAACAAAACAUUUUUUUGUUUUUAUUUUUUUGUGAUCUGCGGGGUCAAUUUAUGAUGAAAGCGCAAAAUGGAUGAAUUCCACCCCUUCAUCGAGGCCCUGCUGCCCCACGUCCGCGCCUUCGCCUACACCUGGUUCAACCUGCAGGCCCGCAAGCGCAAGUACUUCAAGAAGCACGAGAAGCGCAUGUCCAAGGAGGAAGAGCGCGCCGUGAAGGACGAGCUGCUGGGCGAGAAGCCCGAGAUCAAGCAGAAGUGGGCCUCGCGCCUGCUGGCCAAGCUCCGCAAGGACAUCCGGCCCGAGUUCCGCGAGGACUUUGUGCUCACCAUCACGGGGAAGAAGCCUCCCUGCUGCGUGCUGUCCAACCCCGACCAGAAGGGCAAGAUCCGUCGCAUCGACUGCCUGCGCCAGGCCGACAAGGUGUGGCGGCUGGACCUGGUCAUGGUCAUCCUGUUCAAAGGCAGCCCGCUGGAGAGCACGGACGGCGAGCGCCUGGUCAAGUCUCCGCAGUGCUCCAACCCGGGCCUGUGCGUCCAGCCGCACCACAUCGGCGUGUCCGUCAAGGAGCUGGACCUCUACCUGGCCUACUUCGUCCACACGCCAGAAUCCGGACAAUCAGAUAGCUCCACCCAACAGGGGGACACGGACAUUAAACCACCGCCCAAUGGACACCUGAGUUUCCAAGACUGCUUUGUCACCUCAGGGGUUUGGAACGUGGCUGAGCUCGUCAGAGUGUCACAGACUCCUGUUGCCACGGCAUCAGGUCCGAACUUCUCCUUGGCCGACCUGGACAGCAGUCCCAGCUACUACAACAUCAACCAGGUGGCGGUGGGGCGGCGCUCCCUCACCUCCCCUCCCUCCACCAGGUCUGAGGUGGAACUGUACGCAAACCUUCCGCGGAGUUUUCAUACCUCGUACUUUGGUGGUUGUGAUUCAAGAUUUGUUAGCUCCACCAAGAGGAAGUCGUUAGACGACAGUGAGAUGGAGAGCCCAACAGAUGAUGUUUUCUAUCCCGGACGCUCGCCCGCUGCCAGCUCGUCCCAAUCCAGCGCGUGGCCCAAUGACAUGGAUGCAGUGCAGCACCAUUUGGCCAGUGUGCAGGAGAGGAAGAUAAAACAUGAAAACGAAGGCGUGCAGUUUCCUUACCAUGGACUGUCCUCGCCUGGUUCACUUAAGAAGCCGGGGAAGUUUGAUUUCAACGCCCUGUCUUCCCAGAGGUCCCCCCGCAUGGCGUUCACACACCACCCGCUGCCCGUGCUGGCAGGAGUGAGACCAGGGAGCCCCCGUGCCUCAGCCUCAGCCCUGCACUUCCCCUCCUCCUCAAUCAUCCAGCAGUCCAGCCCUUAUUUCACCCACCCCACCAUACGCUACCACCACCACCAGGACCCGCUUAAGGAGUUUGUGCAGUUUGUGUGCACUGAAGGCACAGGACAGCCGAGCGCACAGCCUAAUGGAGGUGGCCAGAGCAAAAUGCCGGGCUCCUUCCUGCUGCCCCCGCCACCCCCGGUGGCACGCCCCGUGCCCCUCCCCAUGCCCGACUCUAAAACCAUCAGCACGCCCACCGACGGUGGAGUCAGCUCACCCGCAUCUCCGUCAUACUCCACGCCAGGCUCCACAGCUCCCAACCGGUUUGUCGGCAUCGGAACACGGGACAACUUUCUGAAUAUCCCCCAGCAGACUCAGUCCUGGUUCCUCUGACAAGGUCUCGACGAAUCAACAGCUAAAAUGGUGUCAUGAAAAUUGGGGGGGGGGGAAAAGCAGACUGCUGACACUAAAAAAAGUUUCUUUAUGGCCCACAUUGUACAAAGUACGACUACGGAGCCCCCACAUGGCCCCACCCCACGUGACCCCCUCUGAUCCGACUCAAUUUGAACUGGAACGUUCGUAACCCCCCCCCCCCCCUUCGGAAAUGCAGGAGGCCUCACUGAGAUGGAGUGGACAGACUCAGAAUGCCAGGCGGAAGACGAGGAACUGUCACACGCUCAUCAAGGAAAUGUUGGACAGGAGACACAAAUAUGGCAACCUGGCAAUUGACCAAUUUUUACAUUUGUGUUUUUUUUUUUUUUUUUUUAAAUCACUUUUAUUUUUUUAUCAUUUUAUCAUCUCCACCACGAAACUCCACGCAUUGGCUCGGGAGGUUAAAAAAAACAAAAUGGUAGUCGGUGAUGGCGCCUUCUCUUGUUGUGAUCUCAAAGAUCCCCGUGGCGUCCACCUUGAGGACCACCACCCACCAGCAGCACCACUCGGGUUCAAGACCACAAACGCAGCCACAUCCCUGCGCGCCGCCCCCCUCCCCCUCCCUCACGCACCUCAUUCGCUCAGCCCUGAAGACCCAUUGAUUUGCGAUUGGCCAAUCCCGGUGACACCAUCAGAUGGUGUGACGUAUAUGCACUAAGUGGCUGGUCUUUUUUUUUUUUUUAAAUAAUUGUUUACCUGUCCAAGUACCAGGGCACCUUUUUUCGCAGGGAGGAGAAGAUGCGUUAGCCAGUUGAAAGCGUUUGAAAACACUAAAGGCUGCAUGUGCUCUUUCAUCCCCUCACCUAUGCACUAUUAAUUCUCAUUAGGGAUGAACAGAAUUGCACAUGGACAGCCACGAGGGCGAUGAGGGAGGCCGGCUGAGCGCCGCUUGACAGAGAUGUGGCUGUGCGUCGAGGUCUACUUUAACCCCUCAAGUGCACCACACACAAAUACCGACACACACACACACACACACACACAAUUGCAACCAUUUUCCCUAAAAUAGUCUGUCACACAGCCACUCAUCUUUUUUUUCCGAAUUAGGGAUGGGCACAAUAAUAGAUUACUCAUGUCCUGAAGCCAUUGAGACAAAAUGGAAGGAAGUGCUUGGCGAGGAACUCUACAGGUCAUCGCGGCGGACGCGUUCCAGGCCCACCUGCAAUGUAGAAACACCAUAUACAGUAAUAAGCUUCUCUUUUUUUUUUUUUUUAAACAAGCUUUAAACAUUUUCGGAAUUAUUAUAUCACCCUCUAACUUACUAAAACACACUUUUUAAAGUAUUUCUUAGCGCCAGUUCUCGCUCGCACAGUUCUCCAAAUAAGAGGCAAAGCGUGCGUGCGUCGCUCCCACUUCAAGUUCACUGUAAAAGUGACACAUAUAACAAAAGAGAAGCAAACAUUGUAUAUUAAAACACCAAAAUGUUCAACCAAACAAAUAAUUUCAUCGAAGAAAAAAAAAAGUCAGCUAGCAUAACGCUAACGUAUAACAGGAAACCAACUGCUACUUUGACACACACGGAGCAGCAACACAUACAAACUGACUUGCCUGUGUUCUGCAAAAAAAAAAAAAAAUAUAUAUAUAUAUAUAUAUAUAUAUAUUAUUUAAAAAAAUACAGCGGGAGCAUGAACGAUGAACUGCAAUAUAGCAGGGGAGCACUGUAGUUUGUUUUUAAAAGUACAACAUUGGAAGAUUAGGUAUCGUAUAUCCAUGCCUGGCAUACAAAAAAAGAACAAAUCCGGGAAAAGUAAUCAAAUGCCCAUCCCUGUUCACGAUUUAUUUUACAGGAAGACGCACACACACACAGCAUGAGCUUCAUAUUAUUAGCUUUCAUUUAGCUUGUAGGGGUUCUUUUUCUUUUGAUCUCCUCUUUUAUUGGCAGAUUUUUCUUCUUUUUGGUUUUGUUCCACUUGGAUUGUUUUGCAUGUCAUAACACUUUCCGCUGUAGUUUCUAUUAUAGCACGCUUCGGACCAGGCCCGGAUUUCAGUGAGCAGAUGUCAACUAAACAGUGAAAACUUCUCAAAAUCUCUCGCGCGUACGGACAGCACGGUAACACCAGCUCAUCACACACAAUCCCCUGCGUUGCUUCACCCUGUAGCCCAGUCAAAGAAAUACACAAACACACACACGCGAACAUCAGUCAUAGAAUGAUAAAGGGAAGCCUUUAUAUUUGGUUCUCCAAAAUGCCUUUGUUAAUGGUUUUUCAUUCAUUGAAGAUUUGUCUAAAUUGACAUUUGUUACAUGUAAAUGUUCACAUAAAGAAUUUGCAUCAUGACACAAUCCAGCAUCCAAGGCCGACAUCAAAAAAUAACUGGACUGCCUCGCUGUUGGUUCCGUUUUGCAGGGAUAGUGGAGACUGAGACACAGCUCUCGGCUUCUUUAGUAACAGUAACAGUCUAUGUACUAAAACAUAUAUGACAACUAUUAACAGUAAAGAUGAAAGUGCCACUGUAUUCCCUUCAUGCAAUUAGUAUUCAACUUCAGGUUGUUUUCCUGCAUGGGAGCUAAUGCUCACUGCUAAAAAAAAAAAAAAAAACUUCGGCCUCCAACAAGGUUUGCGAAUUCCGCAUGAAUUAUCACGUUUUGCAUUGAAGUGACAUAAAUUCAUGAAAAAGAACAAAGCGGACAAAUAUAUGGUACAACAAACCUGGAUCAAGAAAUUGUAUCGGUAGCAGCAGCCUUUUGAUUCUGACAUGUCUUCCUUUGGAGAAAAAGAAAAAGAAAAAAAUCCCAUCCCACAGUUUGGGAAAGGCUGGCCUGGACAAAUUUUUAUACAGGACUGCUUUUGUAAAGACAGAGAGAGACAGAUCUUACACAUAUACUGUAUAUUUCUGAUAUAUGCUCCUUUUUUAACGUUUUUCUAUGCGAGCUGGUGGGCAGUCUAGUUAUUUUCUGAAGCCUCCCUUUCCAGGAAGCCCUUUGGGUAACACCGCCUCAACCAACCUUUGCAGUACAAACCCCAAACGACACCACACACACGUGCAGCAGCGCAGCGUUCUAACACCUUCGAUGAACGUGUCAACAAAUUUUGACUGUAGGGUUGAAGAAGAAGAAGAAGAAGAAAAAGUGUUUUGUUUUUUGAUGGAAAGUAUUAUUAUUGAGAACUAUGUGUCGAUUGAGCCACGUGCAAUGCAUUGGGUAGAUCAUUGUGUUUGUCUGUUAGAGAUUUUUAAGAAAGCUAUGAGAAAAGAGAAAAAAAAAAUGUAUUUGUCUCAAGUCCAUAAGCUCCGGGACUCUAAACUUAGAGGGCCAUGAGAAAAAAAAAAGAAAAAAAAUCCUAGUCUUUGUAAGUUGGGGGUAUUGUUUUUAUUUCCUUUGUCUUUUUUUUUUUUUUUUUUUAAUGUUUCUGUGUAAUCAUUUGUUUAUAUUAAAAAAAAAUGCGAGAGGGCUGAAGGAAAACAAAUAUACACAACUUUAUCAUCAAGUAAAAACCGGUGCUCCUUAAACACUAUCAAUUCCAUUCAGAAAGAUUAUAAACGAAUGGUAAUGAACAAAAAAAUAGCAGCAUUACUCCUCUUCUGUCUCUCUCACUAUUUGUAUUCUUCUUCUAUUGAGGAGAGGGGGGGGGGCGGGGGUUCCCGAUCCUAAAAUGAAGUUGACUAUCAAGUCAGGAAAGUCAGGCAACGUUUUACCCGAGCGCUGCCUAAAACUCACCAGCAGGAAACCCCAAACAUUGGCCUAAAUAUAUAUAUAUAUAUAUAUAUAUAUAUAUAUAUAUAUAUAUAUAUAUAUAUAUAUAUAUAUACACACACACACACAGACACACAAAUAAACAACAGCAAAAGAAGUCCUCCCAUGGAGACGCGGUGAGGCGACGGCUAAAAGUAGAACGCGGCCAAAUAAACGCGGCGAGACCGUUUUCUCCUUGGGCGGCAAUGCGAGCCUCUCCCCUGAUGCACCCCCUAACAGCCCCCCAACCCCAACACCCCCUCCACCUGCCUCUGUAAAUGACUCUUGUAGUGCUUGUGCUGUAGUGUAUAGUUUCCCAGCAGUUAAAGGUUGUCCCUUAAAAGUGCCUUUUGUUCACAGACUCCAUUUUUGUAAUCCAGUAUUUUUUAUUUUUUUUUGGUUUUGUUUUGUGAGCUGGUGCCGCGCUCGAGCACAACUUUUAAAAUGAACCAUUAUUGUUCCUCCCUUCUCUUCCUUACAUCUAUAUUCUGAAAUCUACAUACAGAUGUAAAUGGUGUGAAUUAGUUCUUUAUCGAUAAAUAAUGGCAAAAAAAAAAGUGUCAUUGUUCCGUUGUUGCUUUGUUUCCUUUCUUCCCCUCCUUGUCUCCACUGUCUAUUUUCUCUUCGACACUCGAGUAGUAUGUAACUGUGUGUCCGUCACUCUCGCUCACUGGCUCGCUCUCCCCCGUUGAAGGGUGGGACAAAAAAAAAAAGAGAAACUUUUUUUUUUUUUUUUUUUUUUUUUUUUUUGUCUGAACAGAAUGCAGUUAGCUCACAUGUUAUUCUUGUCUGUAUGCUUCACAUUGUAUCGCCAUACCCAUCACUUCUGCUUCUCCAUUCAACAGCUAAUGUAUGUGAACAAAUGACGCUGACGGGCUUUUGGGGGUGUCCCUGGGUGGGCUUUUAGGAAGGGAUGAGCGGGUUCAGGGGGAGUUUUGGGGAUGCAGGAAGUGGAAUUAACUGCUUGGGGAUGUUGGAACAGGGGCUGCUCGAACUAGGAUAAGAGCUUGCUCUUUUGUUUUGGUUAUUUAUUGUUUGGCUUUGUUUUACUUCCCCUUUUUGUUUCAUGAUAAUUUGGAUUUAUUUUUUUAUAUAUAUAUAUAAAAAUAUAUAUAUAUAUUUGCUUUCAGGGUAUGCUGUGUUUAAAAGCUCUUUAAGGACAGGAAGCCUUGGACUUAAAAUGAAAGCUACAAGCACCUUAUUGCCGGACUUAUCCUGCAUGAGGUUGAAGGGAAGGGGGUGGGGUUUGCGUUUUUUUGUUCCCCCAAAAUGAAUCUCAGCUAAGUAUUAUCGUUAAUGCCGGGUUUUACACAGUAAAACUCUCAGCAGUAUUAACUACUUACAACACACCGGCCGGCUGUGCGAGAGGUCAUCGCGAACGUGACCUCUCGGGGAGUGGGGGGAGGGGGGGGGGGGGGUUCUCCCAUUAUUUGUCCCCUUCUGCCCCACCUCAUGCUGGACAGCUCCAGGUCUGUGUUCUCUCGUUUAGUUUGUUUUCUUAAGCGUGUAUGGUUACUGGUGUACUCGGCAGCAGCCUCCUCGCCCCCCCUUUAGUCCCAGCUCCUCUGCGCCUCUGUCUACACACCACUUCUUUGUGAGAACACCCCCAGAGCUCUAGGUGAAAUGCAUGUUAAUUACAGUUUCUUUUCCAUAAGAAGAAAAACGCAGUUUGAGAAGAGCAGCACCUGAUUGAAUAAAAAGGAUGUUCUUGACUGUA